UUUUUUUUUUUGUGUGUUCUCACACAUCAGACUUUGUAUUGAUGGCUCAGACCUGCCCAUCUGUUGUAGUCUUGACGUCAGAUUUGUUGGACCAGUCGCGUGUGUGUGUGGGGAUGUGAACAGCCACGGAGUUAAUACAUUGAAAACACGUUCUGUCGAGAAGAACAAUGUUCCGGGCAGUAAUAACACUAUCGGCUUGUCUGCUAGUUUUGACAGGAGCGACUUCAAUCUUCGACUUUGAUUGUCGUAGGCAAGGUUCUGAUUGCCUGAAUCAAGAAACCUGUAAUCAGACUUCUGGCGAGUGUAUAUGUAUACCAGCAGAUCCUGCUUCCAACUAUCGAUGUGCUAACAUCACUUCUGAAUGCCCUGAGGGUAAUUACGGAGAAAGCUGCACUCUGCAAAGAGUACAAGUAGAUUGUACCUAUGACGCAAUGUAUGUCAACAUAAAUCCUUACGGGGAUCCCCAGUUCCAGGGAUACAUCUAUGUAUACGGCUACGACAAACCAGGGGAGUGUUUCUUUAUUGAGACAGGCAACAUUACGAUUCCCCCGUUUGUUAAAAACAGUACACUUCUGAAGGGAUACGGCAUCGAACUCAAGCACAUUGGGAGUAAAUGUGGAGAUGCAACUUUGAAAAAUGAUACGCCCUCAUCGACAACAUUUGUUCGAAAAUUCUUUGUCCAGUAUGACAAGGAAUUCAAGUCUCCAGUGGAUCAGCUAGUCACAGCCCAAUGUACUGUGCAGGGCGGAGAUACGAUCUUUGUCAGCAGUCAGACCACACUCGUGGAGGAACAAGGUUCAGGUUAUAAAGAGGUGAAUUUCACUUCAUCGUCAAGCAGCGUCACUCUUGAGAUUCAGAGCGUUGAUUCCAAAACUUUAACAGAUAAAUCUGCAGUUAGACUUGGUGACCCUAUCAAAAUAGUCAUUAAAGGGCCGAGUCUCUUGAAGGUAGAGAACUGCACGGCUAGUGACGGUCCCAGCACUUCCAAAAUACAGUUCCUAACAAAUGGAUGUCCAGUAAUGAGAUACAAAAGUAUCGACGUCACCAGCAGACGACCAGACAGCGCCUCGUUUGAGAUUUCUCUGAAGGCGUUUAGGUUUAACGGCAAUAAUAAUAUCGUAAAUUUCACCUGCGCCAUCAAACUUUGCAGCAGCUCUGUCGAGUGCCAGAUGCCAACGUGUUCCUCGACAGACGUCAGUAAUACGACCAAAGACAACACACCAGCCCAAGCCUCAAACACCACCGCCGCCAGUCAGAAUUUCACGACCACAGCACCAUCGGCAGACAAUUCGACCACAGCACCAUCGGCAGACAAUUCGACCACAGCACCACCCCCUGCCGCCCCUGAGAACAACUCCACAGCAACGGGCGAAGGACUAAAGAGAAAACGUAGGGAGGCCACUGCUGGGAACUCAACUGUCACUGGAAGUGUCAAAGUCCUUGACCCUGAUGAAGCAGACACAAGUGGUGGCACUGGUGUGUCAGAGGUGUGUACCAACCAACGGGACUACUUGGCCGCAGUCAUCGUCCUGGGGGUCUUCGCUUCGUGCCUUGCCAUAACAAUCAUAGUGCUAUUGGUCAUCUUGAAGACUUCGAGGUCAAAGGUCGUACCCCACCGCCAGAAUACAUUCAACUCCCCAGUUCAGACCAUGAAGCUGCCUCGCUUAGACCUGCACGGCUCAAACUCUCACCAGCCAUUUUAAAAUCUAGAACAGUUCUUCAAACUCACAAUUCCAUAAUCAUGAACUACAAAUCUAAUUGAAUGAAAACUUCCCCAAAAGUCCUUUUUUGUUAAAAAAAAAAAUCAUUUAACUAUCCAACUGAAAACCUUUACGUUGUUAUGUCACUAAAUUUUCACUAGAGUUAUAAAAAAAUCAUUUUGAUAUAAUUUUUAUGCAUAAAUGUAGAAACUAUGAAAGCGAACAAAAAUAGUAUUUAGACUUUCAGACAUGAUCCACUUUUCACGUUACAGCAAUGGCAGACCAUAGAUUGAGUCGGUUUAUUCCUUCAAUACAUUCAUCCAUAUUUUAUUUGUUAAAUUUAUUAUUUCGUUAAUUAUUUUAAAAAUAUGUUUUAGUUGCUAAAUCUUUUAAUAACUGUUGACAUGUUUGAGUUUUUAUGUUUAAUUUUUUUUUAAAUAUAUAUGUUUAGAUUCCCCUCUGUGUGUCAUGGAACCAAUCCAUUUCUCCUUCUAGACAUUUGCACUCUAUAUCUUUACAUUACGUUCGACCCCACACUUUUAUUUACUUGAUAUAGAAACAAUUGUCCAUGUUUCCGAUAGUUUAGUAAACAACAAAUAAAUGUAAGGUACCAUUUUCCGAACUUGAGAUAUAUAAGUAAAAAAAAAAGUAAAGUCCCCUUUCAGACCUUUCGAUAUAUAGGGCAGAUGAUGUAAAGGUCAUCUGUUUCUGUGGCCUACGGUUAACUAGGGUGUCAUGUGGUCAGCACAACGACCAACUGCGUUUACUUUUGCCCAACUUAUGUCAGGGAUACAUUAGAGCUGGAUGGACUCAGAGACGCCCGAAGAUCCCAAAAUUAAAAUUCCAAGUUUUCACCAGGAUUCGAACCUCGGAAGCCAAGCGCUUUACCGCUCAGCAACCGCGCCUCCUUUCUUUUAUUAUCUUUAUCAUUGUAAUCUUGUGUAAUUAAUUAAAAUAGUGUAUAUUAACUCUUUUUCUCCUAACUGACGAUACCAGCGUUGAUUCUACCAGAAUUUGGUAAAUAAUUACGGAGAGAAAGAGUUAAAUAGGGGGAUAUGACGUAAUAUAAUGUUACAUACGGUAAUUUAAUGAAUCCUAACAUAAUAAAUAGGGCUGAUGAUGUGAAGUGUCAUGUGGCCAGCACAACGAUCAACCACCUUUAUUUUGUCCCAAGCUAAUGUCAGGUACCUAUUGGAGUUGUCGGAAUCAUGAGUGCCUUAAAACUCCCAAAAUUCAAAAACCUAGUCUUCACAGAGAUUAGAGCCCGUGGCCUUUAUUUCGGAAGUCAAGCUCUGUACUUCUCAGCCACCACGCUCCUGCCUUGAAUUAAGUAGAUAGAUAGUAAACUGUUGCCUUUGAUUCCAAAGAUUAAAGUUGAGUGCAGCAUUUCACGUGACCACGCAAAACCCAAUUGCGACCUGCAUAUUUUGCCACAUCUAAGACAGACAACGACGUUGUCCACCGGGGUCUAUUUAAGCUAUGGGAGCUUUCAAAUUACGUCAAAGGUUAAGUUGACCAAGUCUUCCAAACAUCGUCCCGAAUUGUCCUUCCAUCCCCUUAAUCUUCCUCUGUAAAUCACCUACAAACUUCCUUACACCACCUACAAACUUCCUUACACCACCUACAAACUUCCUUACAUCACCUACAAUCUUCUUCUUUCAAUUACAACUUCUAUACAUGAUCUACAAUCUUCCUUACAUCACCCACAAUCUUCAUCUUUAAAUCAUAUCAUAUACAGACUUCCUGACAUCACCUACAAUCUUCAUCUUUAAAUCAUAUACAGACUUCCUGACAUCACCUACAAUCUUCAUCUUUAAAUCAUAUACAGACUUCCUGACAUCACCUACAAUCUUCAUCUUUAAAUUAUACACAGACUUCCUGACAUCACCUACAAUCUUCAUCUUUAAAUUAUAUACAGACUUCCUGACAUCACCUACAAUCUUCCUCUUAAAAUCAGGUACUACAUCCCUUAUCACCAACAAUAUUCCUCUUUGAAUCCGUACAGUCUUCCUUAGUUAUCCGCCACAAUCUUCCAAACAUAACUAACCGUUGGGCUACCUAUACAACAAUCUGUUUCUUUAAUAAAACAUGUAACAAGAGUGAUUAAAAGUCUUUCUAAAAUAA